AUAAACAACCCCCAGCGAGAGGACAGACAGAUAAGCAAAAGGGGGGACACGCAAAACAGCCCCAAAAAAAACAUCCUGCUGGUUGCCCUGGAGACACCAUGAGCAGGAUUGUUGGAGCCCUGCGGCGCACGUUUGGAAUAGUACGUGAUCACGUCGGCACAGAUACUCUGGGGAAUAAAUAUUACAUCAUCCCAGAGCAGAAAACAUGGACAGGAAGACUGGUCCGAGCCAAGCGGAUGGUAGAGGCAGCCAAUCCUACAGAAUUUGAAUACACAGAAGGCAACAUACCGAUGGAGUGGGACGCUUGGAUCCGAGGCAGACGGAAAGAGCCCCCCUCGAUCGAGGAGCUGCUGAAGAACGAGGCUUACAGGGGGCAGAUUAAAGUGAAAGCAAAGGAGUUGGAGGAGCGAGAUCUGGCUCUGCUCGCUAAAGAGUACGAGGAGGGUCUGGUGGCGACUCCUGCAAAGACUUUAGCCACAGGCCACGCAGCCAGCAGCAACUUCGGCAAGCAGGAGAUCAGCGAGGAACCCACCAGCACUGCGAACGAGUUCCAGCCUGGAUCCUGGAUGCCCAAUCCUAAAAAAUAGACGGAGACAUCCUAAUGCACUGAGACGGCUGUAAAAAUGUAAUACAAUAAAAGAACCUCAGCAAGAAAUGCUUCCAACGUGAAACUGAUAUUCACUCUAAGUUUGGACUUUAAAAUGUAAUACUUAAAACAUCUUUAUGUUUAAUGCAAUUUUAGUCAAAAAAAAACCACAAACUGGAUUCUGAGAAACCACCAAAGUUUGAUCUACUCAAAUCUGACUGAGUCUCAAAUGACCUGGCACUAUACCGUUCACAUUUAUUUUAACAUAGAUUAAUUUCAUUGUAAGAAUGGAUACACAAGUUGAGAUAGUUCUGUCCCCUCUGUGUUUAUAAGUGUAUAAAAGCACAACAGUGACCUCUCAUCCUAAGGCUAACUUUAAGUGAAUGCCAUGAUAUACUGUUAUGAAAAAGUUAUUUUUGUGUGUGUGUGUUUUUCUAGGGGCUUUUUAUGCCUUUAUUUUAGAGGCAGGACAGUGUAUAGUCAGAAACCGGGGAGAGAGAGAGAGAGAGAGUGGGGAAUGACAUGCCACAUAUCGGACCUGAACCUGGCCUCCCGCUCUCAAGGACUGAAGCCUCUGUACAUCAGGAGUGUGCACCAACCGUCGCCCCAGGAAAAGGUUUUUUUUAAUAAAGCAAAGAAACACUGAA